UCGGUCUCUGGAUCAACCUACAAGUCAACAACCAAGUCUUCGGGUCAAGGUCCGGCUCCGGCAACACCGCAGACAGCAGAGCGCCGCUUCUGCUCGCCGCUCCGACCUGUGCAUGGGCGCCGCGGCAGGGAAGGCCGUCGAAGACCUGGCAUCUGCUGCUGAUGGGACAACAACGCGAGCGGAGGACCGGCUCGCCGUCGCUGAGCGCGUCAUCCUCGAGUUCGAGCGCCGCCGCCCAUCCUGCGACGGCACCAACGUCGGUAUAUGGGACGCGCAGGCGACCUGCACCAACCAGGGCCUCCUCGCCGCGGUCGACGAGAUAGUCUUCCUCAAGGAGAUGCACGCGUUCCCCAUGGCCUCCGUGCCGCCAUGUCGUGCCUCAUGGAGGAGUUCCUCAGCCUCAGGGUGUGGGACGGUUCCCAGCUCGAAGGCAGGAGCGGCCUCCGUUUCGCCGUCCACAAGCUCUCCGUUUCCGUGGCAGCGGCCCGUGGCGCGUCGUCGUCGUUCGCCUUCCUAACCGGCGGCAGCACGGCCAGCACGGUGAGAACCAGCACGGCCGAGUUGAGCUCCGGCACCGUCGAUGAGCUGUACGCGUCCGGGAGCCAGCCGGCGGGGCCUGAUGUCUUCUCGGACGGGGAGUUUCCGGAUGAGCUCGCCCUGAUCUGCCCGGCGAGCUUGUCUGUCCUCCAUGAGAUCUCACUGCGUGUCAUCCGUGCCGGCUACACGAAGGAGCUUCUCCACACGUUCGCCGACGCUCCCUGCGAAGUUUUGGACAGGUUCUUGUGGAUUCUCCAAAUCCAAAUGAGAUGCUCUCGGGAGGCCGAGACUGACGAAUCGAUCAGUUACGAGAACGUCAAGUGGUGGACAGCGGAGGACAUGAUCCAGCGGUGGAUCCUGGCGACCAAACUGGUGGGGAAGGCCCUCGACGCUAUGCAAACGCAGCUCCACGCGCAGAGCAACGGCGCCUUCGACAGGUUCAAGAAUGACUACCUCAUGGCCAUGGCGAAGCGGAGAUCUUAUAUCCUGCUCAGAUUCGCAGACGGGUUCACCAGCACGUGCUCGCCGGAGAAGCUCAUAUACGUCCUGGAAAUGUAUGAGGUCCUUGACAGAGCUUCCCCUGGGCUCGUGCUCGUGCUCACCGGGCAGCAGAAGGAGCUCUUCUCCCGGCAGGUCGAGGUGGUUCUCGCCAAGCCGUGAUCACCGCCUAUGCCAUGCACCC